GUGAAGGCCAGGAGGGAAGGGAGCGGGCCGGAGACCCAGCAUCCCAUCUCUGCCUGCUUGGUCCCAGGGGGUUUGGAUCAAGGCUGGGCGCUGUGGUCAGAGAGCCAAUCCCAUCCUCUUCCUGGCUGUCUGAGCUCUUGGUGGGCCAGAAGACAGAACAGGACGGAAGCUCGCUCUGGGAAUGGGAAGAGUGGGUGUGGGGAGACCCAAGGCGGGAUCCAGGCUUUGGAACGUUGGAGGUUUCCGGCCACAGAGGCAAGGCCUCCGGGGAGCCAAGGGGGCGGGGAGACACCGAGGACCCGAGGAGGAGACCAGCAGACUGAAGGGCGGCCGGAGUGGGAGGGGAGGUGCAGAGGAGAGACAGAGGCGGACGGCGGGCGAGGGAUCGUACCCAGGGCCGGCCACUCGCCAGCCCUACCCAGACAUUCUGACAUCUGAAACUUUGGGUCACGGAGAGCCCGGCCUCAUGCAGGCAGCCUGGGUGUUUGGGGCCCUGGUGGUCCCCCAGCUCUUGGGCUUUGGCCAAGGUGCUCGGGGAACAGAGAGGGAGGAGGGCUGGGGUGGAACCCUGGAGGAAGAGCAGGAGAGGGAGACCCUGAUGCUGAAGCAUCUGCAGAAGGCCCUGGGACUGGCGGCUGCCAGAGGGGGAGAGAAUCCUGCCCCGACUUUUGAAGGCAAAGGGGCCUGGGGGACUGCAGAGGACCAGGGAAAAGAAGAGGAGGAAGCAACGGCAGCUGCCUCCCCCAGCCCCAGCCCCACUCCCACGCCCGAAGACGCCAUCACUUAUAUCUUGGGCCGCCUUGCUGCCCUGGACGCAGGCCUGCACCAGGUGCACGUCCGUCUGCACGCGUUGGACACCCACCGACCGGCACUGCUUGCUACGGGUCAGAGCACGUCCCAAGCCCGGCCUGGAUUCCGGGUGUGCGGGAUCUGCUCAACAUCCAGCGGGAAAGUCUGCGACGUGACCUGA